GAGGGCUCUGGAGCAGGAGCGCUGCUGACGUGCUGCCGGGCUGCAGUGACUCCGCAAUGGCUGAGCCUGCCGGCACCGAGCUCAUCCCGCAGCCUGCCGGGGAAACCUGUCCUUAGCUCCUCCGACUGCUCGGAUCCGCGCUCGGGCUACGUGGUGCCCUGACCUGCUGAGCCCCAUCCCUGUGCCUGGGCAGGGACAGUGCCUCUGCUGUGCUGGACCAUGAGGGACAGAGCGAGGCACUGAGGGUCACCAGCCAGGAGCAGUGCUGCCCACGGUAACAGGAUUGCUUCAAAAAGGCCCCAGAAGAUGUGAGCAGCGCGCCGCGGGGCCGGGCCUCCCUCAGCAUGGCCAAGAGGGGCUCCAGCAGCCGCGCCAGGGGGGACAAGCCCGACGCCCUGGCCGCCCUGCAGGCUGCCAACGAGGAGCUCCGGGCCAAGCUCACCGACAUCCAGAUCGAGCUCCAGCAGGAGAAGAGCAAGGUCAGCAAGUUGGAAAGGGAGAAGAAUCAGGAAGUGAAGCAGAUCAAGGAGCACGAACAGCAUAAAAGCACAGUGGUGGUCACAGAGCUCAAAGUCAAACUUCACGAAGACAAAAUGAAAGAGCUCCAGGCUGUCCGAGAAACUCUUCUGAGGCAGCACGAAGCUGAGCUGCUCAGAGUGAUAAAGAUCAAAGACAAUGAAAUCCAGAGGCUGCAGACGCUGCUGAACGCCGUGCGGGACGGGGCCCCCGACAAGGUGAAGACGGUGCUGCUGAGCGAGGCCAAGGAGGAGGCCAAGAAGGGCUUCGAGGUGGAGAAAAUCAAAAUGCAGCAGGAGAUCUCCGAGCUGAAGGGGGCCAAGAAGCAGGUGGAGGAGGCCCUGACGAUGGUGAUCCAAGCUGACAAGAUGAAGGCAGCGGAGAUCCGGAGCGUGUACCACCUGCACCAGGAGGAGAUCACCCGCAUCAAGAGGGAGUGCGAGCGCGAGAUCCGCAGGCUGGAACAGCAGUUGGAUGAAAAGGACGCCCGGCGCUUCCAGCUGAAAAUCGCGGAGCUGAGCGGGAUCAUCCGCAAGCUGGAGGACAGGAACGCGCUGCUGUCGGAGGAGAGGAACGAGCUGUUGAAACGUCUCAGAGAAGCAGAAAGUCAGUAUAAGCCCAUUUUGGACAAAAACAAACGCCUCAGCAGGAAGAAUGAGGAGCUGUCACAUGCCUUACGUCGAAUGGAGAAUAAACUGAAAUUUGUGACACAGGAAAACAUUGCCAUGAGGCAAAGAGCUGGGGCAAUAAGGAGACCGAGCUCCCUAAAUGACCUUGACCACAGCCAGGAAGAAAGGGAAGUGGAUUUCCUGAGACUACAAGUUAUUGAGCAGCAAAACCUCAUUGAUGAGCUCUCCAAGACCCUGGAGACUGCUGGCUAUGUGAAGAGUGUCAUGGAGCGUGAUAAGCUGCUAAGGUUCAGGAAGCAAAGGAAAAAAAUGACAAGAAUUCCUAAGAAGCCAGUGGUGGAGACGUUCUAUGGCUAUGAUGAGGAGGCUUCCCUGGAGUCAGAUGGUUCCUCCAUCUCCUACCAAACCGACCGGACCGACCAGACCCCCUGCACGCCCGAGGACGACCUGGAGGAGGGCAUGGCCAAGGAGGAGACGGAGCUGCGGUUCCGGCAGCUGACGAUGGAGUACCAGGCGCUGCAGCGCGCCUACGCCCUGCUGCAGGAGCAGGUCGGGGGCACCCUGGAUGCAGAGCGGGAAGUCAAGACACGUGAGCAGCUGCAAGCAGAAAUACACCGGUCCCAGGCUCAGAUAGAGGACCUGGAGAAGGCUCUGGCUGAGCAGGGACAGGACAUGAAGUGGAUUGAGGAGAAGCAGGCCUUGUACAGAAGGAACCAGGAGCUGGUGGAAAAGAUCAGGCAGAUGGAGGCUGAGGAGGCACGCCUCAAACACGACGUGCAGGACGCCAAGGAUCAGAACGAGCUGCUGGAGUUCAGGAUCCUGGAGCUGGAGGAGAGAGAGAGGCGGUCCCCGGCCAUCACCUUCCACCACGGCCCCUUCACGGAGGGGAAGAGCCCUCUGCAGGUGUACUGCGAGGCUGAAGGUGUAACAGACAUUGUGGUGGCAGAGCUGAUGAAAAAGUUGGACAUUUUAGGGGAUAACGCCAAUCUGACCAACGAGGAGCAGGUGGUCAUCAUCCAGGCCAGGACUGUCCUCACACUGGCUGAGAAGUGGCUCCAGCAGAUCGAGGUGACCGAGUCUGCGCUGCAGCAGAAGAUGCUGGACCUGGAGAACGAGAAGGAGCUGUUCAGCAAGCAGAAGGGCUACCUGGACGAUGAGCUGGACUUCAGGAAGCAGUCCCUGGACCAGGCCCACAAGCAAAUUCUGGAAUUAGAAGCCAUGCUCUAUGAUGCCCUGCAGCAAGAAGCUGGAGCCAAAAUUUCCGAACUUCUUUCAGAAGAGGAGAAGGAGAAGCUGAAGAGCGCCGUGGAGCAGUGGAAGCGGCAGGUGAUGAGUGAGCUCCGGGAGAGGGACGCCCAGAUCCUGCGGGAGAGGAUGGAGCUCAUCCAGCACGCCCAGCAGAGAAUUAAAGAGCUAGAAGAAAGAAUUGAAGGCCAAAAAAGACAAAUAAAAGAGUUAGAGGAAAAGCCCCUGAGGCCACUGCAGCUGCUCCUGCUGCUCCUCCCAGAGGGACAGCCCUGCUCCCCGAGACCCUCACAGAGACUUUGCCCCUUGCCCCCCGGAUCUGCCUCGCUCCUUGCUCUGGCCAUGCAGCCCGUGGGCCUCCCAUUCUUCAAAAUCCUGCCUUGA